GUCAGCGGCCCAUUGGUAACAUCGAGAACGCACUGCUGCAGUUUCACCUGCCGCUUACGUUGUCUGGCCUGAUUGCAUCCAGCAUCUCGCUCUUCACGCUGAUGUUCGCUGCUGGCGCGAACUCCUCCGCAGGUGCUGCGGCUCCGUUCGGCCAGCAGAAAAAGGCUUGCAUCGACCUACGCUGAGGAACUUUCCCCAGCCAGAGGAACCGCUACCGCAACAUGCGUUGCGCCCGCUGCCGCUCCCGCUGAGCUUGAGCCAGGCAGACCGCCUUCUUUUUCUUCGGCUGCCUGAAUUUCACCGGGUUCACCUUCGUCAACGUUGAGUUGCCCAGUACCGCCUGAUGAAACAUACUUUGAGGUCAAAGAAGUGCGAGGAGGAUGCUAUGAAGGAGAACAUAGACAUGAUUGUCAGAACAAUCAAAACAGUUCAUGGCCCGUGGGACGACCACGUUCUGAUGCUGGGUCACCCUGGGGCUGGGCGCAUCGCUAAGAUGAAGGUGUAUGAUCCCGAUUGUAUCGUGCAUCGGGUCUCCAAGUAUACGGAUUUCGGAUUUCCUAUACUUCCGACAUCUGGAAUCACCAUCGGCUGUCAGGACCAUCGUUACAUGUUCCACGCCAGGCGGGGGCGAAAACCUAUUCGUUGACUACUACGGCGGCGCCUCGAGGGAGUAUGCGGUCGACGCUGACCAGUGGACGGACCGAAAGCGCUUGGCUAACGUUCGCAAAGACUUGCUCGAAUGACAAACUAAAUCCAAAGGAGGAGGAGAGGAGGGGAGUUCGCUUGGGGUCGCUUGAGCUUGCAGCAUUGUGCCGUAUUAGCCCCAGAUCCGAGUUCUUUCUGUAGAUCGAUUUGUGGGGAGUAUUUUGUUUAUCAGCCAUCCGUUAAUGAUCUUUUCAGCCUGGACAGCCAGGCUCUCUCCCUCACUCGUUGGAAGCAUGAAG